UCGCGACCGCACCGGCCUGGCGACCAUGCGCCAGACUUUGUGACUCUAGUGUGUGAGUGUGUACAGCACAGUGCCCGUGCAUUAACCCCAACCACUGAUAGUGUAAACCGGAUUUCAUAUUUGGAACGCCCCGCGGCGUGCAAAAAGACUUACGAUGCUGAUUAGGUGUCCGGCGGCACUAAGUGUCGUCAUACUCCUACUCCUCGCCGCGCCUUCAUUCUCUGAGAGCAAUCUCUUCUCGUGUCCAAAUGGUUGGGAGCUGAAGGGACUGCAUUGUUAUAAAUUUUUCAAUAUAAGACAUUCGUGGGAAAAAGCAGCGGAAUUAUGUCGAAGGUAUGGGAGCGAAUUGAUAGUUAUAGAUAGUUAUACAGAAAAUAAUAUGACUGCAAAUAUGGUGCCAUCUAGUCCUAGUAACAAUCACUACUGGCUUGGUCUUGCAACUGUAGAUGAUCUCAGAACCAAUACAUUGGAGUCAGCCGCUGGUGCGUUAGUGUCACAAUACGCAGGAUUUUGGGACUUAAGGCAACCGAAUCCCAAAGAUGGAGAGUGUGUAGAUGUUCACGUUACUUCAGACAGCCAAUCAUGGGAGCUAACAACAUGUGAAACGCUACUUCCCUUUAUGUGCAGAGCAACCGCAUGUCCUAUUGGAACCUUCCAUUGUUCGAACGGCAGAUGUAUUAAUGCGGCCUUCAAAUGCGACAAGCAAGACGAUUGUGGAGAUGCAUCUGAUGAAAUGGAUUGUGCUUCUGAAUGUCAUUUUUACAUGGCCAGUAGUGGAGAUGUUGUUGAGAGCCCAAACUAUCCUCAUAAAUAUUCACCCUUCAGCGAAUGUAAAUGGACACUCGAAGGACCCCAAGGACAAAACAUCGUACUACAGUUCCAAGAUUUUGAAACUGAAAAGUCUUUUGAUACUGUUCAAAUCUUAGUUGGUGGACGAACUGAAGACAAAUCUGUUAAUUUAGCAACAUUGUCAGGAAAACAAGAUUUAUCUAAUAAAAUUUAUGUGUCUGCUUCUAAUUUUAUGAUAAUUAAAUUUAGCUCCGAUGGAUCUGUAGAAAAGAAAGGAUUCCGAGCUUCGUGGAAAACUGAAUCAUCAAAUUGUGGGGGUGUACUUAGAGCAACACCUCAAGGUCAAGUGCUCACAUCCCCUGGUUAUCCAAAUAUUUAUCCGGGUGGCUUAGAAUGUAUGUACAUAAUUGAAGCACAACCUGGCAGGAUAGUAUCACUAGAAAUUGAUGAUUUAGAUUUAGAGAUGAACCGAGACUAUAUAGUAAUCAAAGAUGGUAACAUGCCGUCUAGUCCAGUACUAGCAAGGUUAACUGGAUCUGGUGAAGACAAUGAAAAAGUAGUUAUAUCUACUACUAAUCACAUGUACAUGUAUUUCCGUACUAGCCUCGGAGAUUCUAAAAAAGGCUUCAACAUGAGGUACUCGCAGGGUUGUAGAGCGACCAUUAUAGCAGCGAACGGAACAUUCACUUCUCCAGCUUAUGGUCUCAGUAAUUAUCCAAAUAAUCAAGAAUGCUUAUACAGGGUUAAAAACCCAAAUGGUGGCCCACUCUCUCUUAAAUUUAAUGAUUUCACUAUUCAUCCGUCUGACGUAGUACAAGUAUUUGAUGGAUCAAGUCCAAGUGGAUUACGAUUACAUUCAGAAAAUGGAUUUACUGUUAAACCGAGGAUUACCUUAACAGCAUCAAGUGGAGAAAUGCUCAUUCGUUUUAUGUCUGACUCAUUACAUAAUGGACCUGGCUGGAAAGCUACAUAUUCAGCAGAUUGCCCUCCCAUUAAAUCGGGAAUAGGUGCUCUAGCAUCUAACAGAGAUACUGCAUUUGGAACCACAAUAACAUUUUCAUGUCCUAUUGGUCAAGAGUUUGCUACUGGAAAAUCUCGAAUCUCAACACAAUGUUUAGAUGGAGGAAACUGGUCCACAACUUACAUCCCCAGCUGUCAAGAGGUUUAUUGUGGUCCCGUACCUCAAAUCGAUAACGGCUUCUCAAUUGGUUCUACUAAUGUAACUUACCGUGGUGUCGCAACUUACCAGUGCUAUGCAGGGUUUGCAUUUCCGACUGGACAACCUAUAGAGAGAAUCUCAUGUCUGUCUGAUGGAAGAUGGGAAAGGACACCAACAUGUCUUGCAUCGCAGUGUGUAGCUCUUCCUGAUGUCUCACAUGCUAAUGUUACAAUUUUGAAUGGUGGCGGUCGAAGCUAUGGUACUAUAGUGCGAUAUGAAUGUGAACCUGGAUAUGUUCGAACGGGACAGCCGGUGCUGCUCUGUAUGAGUAAUGGUACAUGGUCUGGUGAAGUACCAACUUGUUCGAAGGCUUUGUGUCCUGAUUUCCCUGAGAUUAAAAAUGGAUUCAUCGUUGAUCAAACAAGAUCAUAUAUGUUCGGUGAUGAAGCACGUGUACAGUGUUACAAAGGGUACAAAAUAAAUGGUCCUAGUAUAAUCAAAUGUGGACCUAAUCAAGAAUUUGAUGCAACUCCUAGUUGUGAAGACAUCAACGAAUGUAGUAGCAGCCAGUGUGAUUCAACAUCUACGGAGUGUAAAAAUACUCAAGGUGGAUUUUAUUGCCCUUGUCGGCCUGGAUUUACGCCAAGUUUAGACUGUAGGCCAGUUGGUGACUUGGGAUUAAUCAACGGUGCUAUACCUGAUGAAUCUAUAACAAUUUCUGCGUCUGAACCUGGAUAUCAUAAAGGGAUGAUUCGGCUCAAUAAUGGAGGAGGGUGGUGCGGAAAUAAUUUAGAAGCUGGCGCUAAUUGGGUUCUUGUAGAUUUAAGAGCGCCAACUAUUGUAAGAGGAUUCCGCACAAUGAGUGUUAUGAGAGCAGAUGCUAAUAUUGCAUUUACAUCUGCGAUAAGAAUUCAAUACACCAAUAAUUUAACUGAUGUAUUUAAAGAUUAUACGAACCCAGAUGGAACAGCUGUAGAGUUCCGCAUAUUAGAACCAACAUUAUCAGUCUUAAACCUGCCAAUGCCUAUUGAAGCACAAUAUGUUAAAUUCAAAAUACAAGAUUAUGUAGGUGCACCAUGCCUUAAGAUUGAAAUUAUGGGUUGUGCAAGACUUGAUUGUACAGACAUAAAUGAGUGCAGCGAAAAUAAUGGAGGAUGUGAUCAAAAAUGUAUAAACACACCUGGGAACUUUUCAUGCUCGUGCAAUAAUGGAUAUGAGCUCUACUUUUCCAAUGGAACUGCUGGGUUUGCUAUAGAGAAAUCUGAAACUGGUGAAAGAGAUGGGGAUACAUAUCAAAGAAAUAAAUCUUGUGUACCUGUCAUGUGUCCACCCCUUGCGUCUCCUGAAAACGGACUGUUAUUAUCUACGAAGAAUACUUAUCAUUUCGGCGAUAUUGUUGAAUUCCAAUGUGAUUUUGGAUAUGUUAUGUCUGGAUUCUCUUCUCUGCUUUGCACUUCAAGUGGAUCAUGGAAUGGCACGUCUCCAGAAUGUCAAUAUGCACGUUGUGUUACAUUAUCUGAUGACAAAAAUGACGGAUUAAAAGUAAUAAGAGAAGAUCCUGAAAGUGUGCUGCUACCAUAUAGAGAUAACGUCACAAUAACUUGUACAUCUCCAGGUCGUCUAUUACGCAAUACGGCAACUGCAUCUUUCAGACAGUGCGUUUAUGAUCCAAAACCAGGAUUACCAGAUUAUUGGCUUUCUGGUGCUCAACCCCAAUGUCCUCGUAAAGACUGUGGGGUACCGAUGCCAACACCUGGAGCCGAAUACGGUCAAUAUCUUGAUACAAGAUAUCAGAGUUCUUUCUUCUUUGGAUGUCAAAAUACUUUUAAACUAGCUGGUCAAACAAGUAAACAUGAUAACGUAGUCAGAUGUCAAGGAAAUGGAAUUUGGGACUUUGGUGACUUAAGAUGUGAAGGACCAGUGUGUGAUGAUCCAGGCCGACCAGCAGAUGGUUAUCAAAUCUCUAAAAGUUAUGAACAAGGAUCUGAGGUUUUAUUUGGAUGUUCGAGGCCUGGUUAUAUUUUAAUAAAUCCAAGGCCUAUAACCUGCAUACGUGAACCAGAGUGUAAAGUAAUAAAACCACUUGGUCUAGCUUCUGGCAGAAUACCUGACUCAGCUAUUAAUGCUACCUCAGAAAGACCUAAUUAUGAAGCCAAAAAUAUUAGACUUAAUUCAGUUACUGGUUGGUGUGGUAAACAAGAAGCAUUCACUUAUGUUAGUGUCGACCUCGGAAAAGUCUACAGAGUUAAAGCUAUUCUAGUAAAGGGAGUCGUAACAUCUGAUAUUGUUGGCCGACCUACCGAAAUAAGAUUUUUCUAUAAACAAGCGGAAAAUGAAAAUUAUGUGGUUUAUUUUCCUAACUUCAAUCUUACAAUGCGAGAUCCUGGAAAUUAUGGCGAACUAGCAAUGAUAACAUUGCCAAAAUACGUUCAAGCAAGAUUUGUUAUAUUGGGUAUAGUUAGUUUUAUGGACAAUGCAUGUCUAAAAUUUGAGUUGAUGGGUUGUGAUGAGCCUGCUGUAGAACCAUUGCUAGGUUUUGAUUAUGGAUAUUCUCCAUGUGUUGAUAAUGAACCACCGGUCUUCCAAAAUUGUCCUCAACAUCCUAUUGUAGUGCAGACAGAUGUGAACGGAGGAUUACUGCCAGUCAAUUUUACUGAACCAACUGCUACUGACAAUACUGGUGCUAUUGCAAGAUUAGAAGUAACACCUCAACAUUUCAGAACUCCAAUACAAGUUUUCCACAAUAUGGUUGUACGAUACGUAGCAUUUGACUUUGAUGGAAAUGUUGCUAUUUGCGAAGUUAAUAUUACGGUACCUGAUUAUACACCGCCAAGACUUAGUUGUCCACAAAGCUACGUUAUAGAACUAGUCGAUAAACAAGAUAGCUACGCCGUAAACUUUAACGAAACUAGAAAAAGAAUAAACGCAACUGAUGCUUCAGGAGAAGUAUUCCUAAAGUUUAUUCCUGAAAAAACAGUUAUACCUAUACGUGGCUAUGAAAACGUUACCGUGAUAGCAUCUGAUAAAUAUGGCAAUAAAGCUCAAUGCCACUUCCAGGUAUCGGUUCAAGCCACGCCCUGUGUUGACUGGGAACUAAUGCCACCAGCCCAUGGUUCACUGAAUUGUCUUCCUGGUGAUGGAGGAAUACAGUGUAUAGCCACUUGUAGUCCAGGUUUUAGAUUCACUGACGGAGAACCAGUCAAAACAUUCGUAUGUGAAACAAAACGUCGAUGGGUUCCUACUGCAGUAGUACCUGACUGUGUUUCCGAAAAUACUCAACAAGCUGCGUACCACGUUGUAGCAGGCGUACAAUAUAGAGCUCUUGGAGCUGUUUCAAACGCUUGCUUACCGCAAUAUAAAGAUCUUCUUGCGCAAUAUGAUAACAUAUUAAACGAACGUUUAUCCCAACGUUGUUCAGCUGUAAAUGUCAAUAUAAAUGUUACUUUCAUUAAAGCUAUGCCUAGUCUACUUGAUGAAAAUGUUGUCAAAAUGGACUUUGUGUUGGCUAUAACACCUGCCAUAAGACAAACACAGUUGUAUGAUCUAUGUGGUUCUACGUUGAAUCUUAUUUUUGAUCUAUCGGUGCCAUACGCAAGCGCACUUAUUGAACCUGUAUUAAACGUCUCUUCAAUUGGAAAUCAGUGUCCGCCUUUAAGAGCAAUAAGAAGUUCGAUUUCACGUGGAUUUACCUGCAGCGUUGGUGAAGUACUUAACAUGGACACCAAUGAUGUGCCUAGAUGCCUGCAUUGUCCUGCUGGAACUUUCGCUAGUGAAAAACAAAAAAGUUGUACAAUGUGUCCACGAGGUUAUUUCCAGAAUCAAGCGCGUCAAGGCUCCUGUCUGAAAUGCCCUCAAGGAACAUUCACUAGAGAAGAAGGCUCAAAGGACUUAAAUGACUGUGUACCUGUAUGUGGGUAUGGAACAUACUCUCCGACAGGAUUAGUUCCAUGCUUAGAAUGUCCUCGCAACAGCUAUACAAGCGAACCACCUCUAGGAGGAUUUAAAGACUGCCAAGCUUGUCCUGUGAAUACUUUUACUUAUCAACCAGCAGCUUCUGGAAAAGAUAAAUGUAGAGCUAAGUGUACGCCAGGGACAUAUUCACCUACUGGUUUAGCCCCAUGUUCUCAGUGUCCAAGAAAUUUCUAUCAAAACUUAGUUGGAAGUACAUUGUGUAUGGAAUGUCCUACAAAUAUGAAAACUGUAAGCACAGGUGCUACAGGAUUGGAAGAAUGUUUGCCAGUGGAGUGUUCGAAUAGUGCUUGUCAACAUGGUGGACUUUGCGUACCAAAAGGACAUGGAGUUCAAUGUUAUUGCCCAGCUGGUUUUUCAGGACGUAGGUGUGAAAUAGAUAUUGACGAGUGCGAAAGCCAGCCCUGUUAUAAUGGAGGUACUUGCAUUGAUCUCCCACAAGGAUAUAGAUGCUCUUGUCUUACGGGAUAUGGUGGUAUCAACUGCCAAGAAGAAAGAUCCGAUUGUAGGAAUGACACGUGCCCUGAACGCGCAAUGUGUAAAGACGAACCAGGCUAUAAUAACUUCACGUGCCUAUGUAGGUCCGGUUACACUGGCAUUGACUGCGAUGUAACGAUUGAUCCUUGCUCAGCAAAUGGAAAUCCAUGCAAAAAUGGUGCUACUUGCACAGCUUUACAACAAGGCAGAUACAAAUGCGAAUGUUUACCAGGAUGGGAAGGUCAAUCAUGUGAAAUAAACACUGACGACUGCAUUGAAAAGCCAUGCCUGUUGGGUGCACCCUGUACAGAUUUAGUUAAUGACUUUAGUUGCUCGUGCCCACCAGGAUUCACUGGAAAACGUUGUCACGAAAAAAUAGAUCUUUGCUCUAACGGACCAUGUAAACACGGUAUCUGUGUUGACAAGUUAUUCUUAUAUCAAUGUGUCUGUGACCCGGGUUGGUCAGGACCAGCUUGCGAUAUAAACAUAAAUGAAUGCAUUAUUUCACCGUGUGAAAAUGGAGGCCGUUGUAUUGACAGUAUCGACGAUUUCACUUGUAAUUGUGAACCUGGCUACACUGGCAAACGAUGCCAACAUACAAUUGACGACUGUGCUUCCGAACCCUGUCAAAAUGGUGCUACUUGUACAGACCAAAUAGAUGGAUUCACGUGCAAAUGCCGACCAGGAUUUGUAGGACUGCAAUGCGAAACAGCCAUUGAUGAAUGCUUGAAUGAGCCUUGCAAUCCAGCAGGAACUGAACGCUGUAUUGACUUGGACAACAAGUAUAAAUGUGUAUGUCGUGAAGGAUUUACAGGAGAGAUGUGCGAAACUAAUAUUGAUGACUGUGCCUCAGAUCCUUGCUUUAACGGAGGCUCAUGCAAAGAUGAAAUAGGUGGUUAUAAAUGUGGUUGCCAACCUGGAUGGACUGGAAAACGCUGUGAACGAGAUAUUGGAAAUUGUGUUAAUUUACCUUGCCAGAACAAUGCUCGAUGCAUUGAUCUUUUCCAAGACUAUUUCUGCGUGUGCCCUAGUGGAACAGAUGGAAAACAGUGUGAAACUGCCCCAGAACGUUGUAUUGGUAGCCCCUGCAUGCAUGGUGGAAAGUGUCAAGAUUUUGGUUCGGGCCUUAACUGCACUUGCUCCCAAGACUACACUGGUAUUGGCUGCCAAUAUGAAUACGACGCCUGUGAAGCUGGUCUUUGUCAAAAUGGAGCUACAUGUAAAGACGAAGGGGACGAUUACUCUUGCACGUGUGCCCCUGGAUUUACGGGAAAGAACUGCGAUGAAGAUAUCAUUGACUGCAAAGAAAAUUCAUGCCCUCCAUCAGCAACCUGUAUUGAUUUACCCGGACGCUUUUAUUGUCAAUGUCCUUUCAAUUUAACUGGUGAUGAUUGCAGAAAAACUAUAAGUGUAGAUUAUGAUCUAUACUUUAGUGAUCCAUUACGCUCUAGCGCUGCUCAAGUAGUACCAUUUAGUACAGGAUCUGCGGAUAGUUUAACUAUUGGAAUGUGGGUUCAAUAUACACAACAAGAUGAAGGUGGUAUUUUCUUUACGGCUUACGGUGUAAGCAAUUCACACAUAGCACUUAACAGGAGAACAAUCAUACAAGCUCAUUCCAAUGGCGUGCAAGUAUCUCUUUUCCCUGAACUUCAGGAUGUAUAUCUAAGCUUUGGUGAAUUUGCAACUGUUAACGACGGACAAUGGCAUCAUGUUGCCUUAGUAUGGGAUGGAAGCAAUGGAGGCGAAUUAACACUCAUCACUGAAGGUUUAAUUGCCAGUAAACUUGAAGGAUAUGGAAGCGGAAAAACUCUACCACAAUAUGUUUGGGUAACGCUCGGUAAACCACAAUCGGACAAUCCAAAAGCUUAUACUGAAUCUGGCUUCCAAGGACAUUUAACUAAAGUGCAAAUUUGGAAUCGUGCCCUAGACGUAACAAAUGAAAUCCAAAAACAAGUGCGUGACUGCAGAACCGAACCAGUCUUAUACAAUGGCUUAGUUCUCACUUGGGCAGGAUAUGAUGAUACUAUUGGUGGAGUAGAAAGAAUCGUACCAUCACAUUGUGGACAAAGAGUUUGUCCAAAUGGCUAUGCCGGUGCUAAAUGCCAGCAACUUCAGGUUGACAAAGAAUCACCAAGAGUUGACCGUUGUCCCGGUGAUCUAUGGGUUAUAGCUAAAAACGGAUCUACAGUUGUCAACUGGGACAUGCCAGUAUUUAGUGACAAUGUCGGUGUUACAAAAGUAGUAGAAAGAUCAGGACAUAAACCUGGUCAAAACCUUGCCUGGGGUGCAUAUGAUAUUGCAUAUAUUGCAUACGAUAAUGCAGGGAACGCUGCCACCUGUACUUUCAAAGUAACCGUCUUGUUUGAAUUCUGUCCACCAUUACCUGAUCCACUGGGAGGAUACCAAUCUUGUCGGGACUGGGGUGCAGGCGGUCAAUUUAAAGUAUGUGAAAUCGCAUGCCGAGACGGCUUAAGAUUCUCUCAACCUGUACCACCUUUCUAUACUUGCGGAGCUGAAGGAUUCUGGCGCCCUACAAAUGAUCCGUCAUUGCCACUGGUUUAUCCAGCGUGUUCACCUGCUUCACCUGCACAACGUGUAUUCAAAAUAUCAAUGCAAUUCCCUAGCUCGGUCUUGUGUAACGACGCUGGGCAGGGUGUGCUCAGACAGAAAGUGAGAAGUGCUAUUAACCAACUUAACAGAGACUGGAACUUCUGCUCAUAUGCUGUUGAUGGUACUCGCGAAUGCAAAGAAUUAGAUAUCAAUGUUAAAUGUGAUCAUCGAGGCAACUCUCGGCAAACAAGACAAGUAUCUUCACCACCAACUGCUACAUCUAAAGACACAUAUGUUCUGGAUGCUAUUAUACCAGUAGAAGAGUUAAGGAGCAAUCGAGAGGGCCGCCAAAUAGGAGAUACCUACAGUGUAGACAUCUCAUUCCCAGCGGUUAUCGACCCGGUAAUCCAUAACGGUAAUAACGAACGCUCUACUGUAAAACGAUUACUGGAGAAACUUAUCCUCGAAGACGAACAAUUUGACGUCCGAAACAUUUUGCCAAAUACAGUCCCAGAUCCGGCUAGCUUGAAACUCGAAUCAGACUAUGCCUGCCCCAUGGGACAGGUCGUCAUGGCACCAGAUUGUGUAUCUUGCGCUGUGGGAACUUUCCUCGAUGCGGCAAGCGACUCCUGCAAACCAUGUCCUACUGGUACUUACCAAUCCGAAGCCGGCCAAUUACAAUGCACGCCAUGUCCAGCUAUUGCCGGACAGUCAGGAGUCACGCAGGCCUCUGGUGCCAGAAGCGCAGCUGAUUGUAAAGAGAGGUGUGCUGCUGGAAAAUACUACGAUGCUGAAGCAGAUCUAUGUAGACCUUGCGGUCACGGUUCAUAUCAACCACGGGAAGGUGCAUUUUCUUGCAUUGCAUGUCCACGAGGCCAAACGACACGCGCAACCGAAGCAGUUUCAGCUGCUGAAUGCAGAGAUGAUUGCCCAUCAGGUGAGCAACUAAGCAGCGAUGGUGGUUGUGAACCGUGCCCUCGCGGUACAUGGCGGGCUACGGGAUCAGGCGCAGCUUGUGCACCCUGCCCUCCCGGCACCACAACACCUAAUCCGGGAGCCGUAUCUCCUGACCAAUGCUCGUUACCAGUCUGCAAGCCAGGUUCCUACUUAAACGCUACUCUCAACACCUGCAUACAGUGCAAGAAGGGGACAUAUCAGCCGGAAACGCAACAAAUGCUUUGUAUUCCUUGCCCAAUAAACACCAGUACGAGAGGACCUGGAGCGGUAUCUGAAUCAGACUGCACAAAUCCUUGUGAGAUGAGCGGCCCCGACAUGCACUGUGAUACCAACGCCUACUGCCUUCUCAUCCCUGAAACCAGUGAAUUUAAGUGUCAGUGUAAACCUGGUUUCAACGGCACAGGAAAAGUUUGUAUUGACGUUUGCUUGGACUUCUGUGACAAUGGUGGCGAGUGUGUGAAGGACCAAAGAGGAGAGCCGACCUGCAGAUGUGCCGGUUCUUUCACUGGUCGCCACUGCAGAGACAAGAGCGAAUUCGCAUACAUCGCUAGCGGUGUAGCCGGUGGUGUCAUCUUCAUCAUAUUCCUAGUACUGCUUGUUUGGAUGAUUUGUGCCAGGUCAACGAAAAAGAGAGAACCAAAGAAGACACUCACACCAGCUAUAGACCAAAAUGGAUCCCAAGUUAAUUUCUAUUACGGAGCGCACACGCCAUACGCGGAGUCCAUCGCGCCAUCACACCACUCUACCUACGCACAUUAUUACGACGAUGAAGAAGAUGGCUGGGAAAUGCCAAACUUCUAUAACGAAACGUAUAUGAAAGAGAGUUUGCACAAUGGUAUGAAUGGUAAAAUGAAUAGUUUGGCGCGGUCAAAUGCCAGCAUAUAUGGAACAAAGGAAGAUUUAUACGACAGAUUAAAAAGGCACGCGUACCCUGGUAAGAAAGAUAAGAGUGACAGCGACAGUGAGGGUCAAUAAACAUAAAGGAGAACUACGUUUUGUCGCAUUCUGGUCAAACUUACAUAAUACUUAAUCGUAUUAGUCAACUCUCGGUAUUUAAAAAUAAAACCAAUGCAAUUUACCUAAGGAAUUCACUUUCUUUAUAUUUGAGUACUUUACCGAGAUGUUUUGAUAUAACUUUGUACUCUGUUUAGCUUUAUAAUUAGGUUUAGUUUAUACAAGACACGUGGAUUAACACACUCACUGUUUAAAAUUGCAGCCCCACCAAAUAUUUUUGUAUGUCACAAAUCAGUAUAGGUAAGUGUAAUAGCAAAAUUAAUUGAAUCUUUAGCAAUUUAGAUUGUUUUACCAAAAACAGUGAAUGUGUUGAUGUUCUGAGAUUAGUAUGAUCAACGACAAAAAUGCUCAAAAUAAUUUUAGACAAAGACCAAAUAGAUAUUAAAAGGUCUUUACAUUUUUCGAAUUUCAAUAUUUUUUCAACAAAAACAUUUCAGCAACAUUCCAAUUUUUUGAUUUUAUUACCUUUUAAACCAAUGUAAAUAUGCGCUAUAAUUGAAUAUUUGUAUAUUUAUGAUAGACCUCAGAAAAAUGGUGUUAGUUGUAACUAUUUUAUAAUUUUCUUUUAGAUUUUAAUUCA